GGAAUAUCGAAUUAAAAAGCAUAAACAUAUAUUGCGUAAUAAGGUUGUACGUGGUGCAUGGUAGUAUAGUAGCCGGGAUGGGUACUCCGACACACCCCUCCCCUUGUUGGCUGAGGGCGAGGAUAUCAUUCGCAGUCAUCGGGUUGUUUGUAGGCGUGUCAGUUCUCUUUGUCUUUGGUGUUAAUUACCACAACUGGAACGUGGCAUUAUGGGGGCUUUUGUCAGGAUUGGCUGCAGGCUUGGCAUUAUAUGUACACAUUGCAUACAUGAAGAAAAUGUGGGAGAACAAUCCCUACCCACUUAAGAGGUGGAUGCUGACAGGUUGUUUUAUCCAGCUAGCGGGGGUGUGUGGAUUCGUGACCUACUUAACACUAGCCAUUGUGAAUAAACAAGGUCUGAUUAUUGAAGGCCCAGGAUACUACUUGACCUGUGUUUGGUGCUUUAUGACCUGGAAGUGGGGAUUUUACGUGCUCUACUUCUCCCGAUCUUACAAACGUUUGUAUCAACCAGUUUAUUCCAUACUACCAAAGUACAAUGCUAGGACCAAUCAAUAUUAUACUAUGGUUAAUGAAUAGAUUGAAGAAAGUUGAUAACAAGAUCUUAUAGUUACUUGAUAGCAUAUCUUUAUAUGUACGCAUGGGUGUGUGAAAUUUAUCAUUCCGUUUUCAUGAUAUCUUGUUGCAAACUUUCGGCUUAGCUCCGUCCUAUGAUAUCCUGCAUCGAAUUGUCACAUUGCAUCAAACCUGUAUAUCUGGUCACACAUUGCCUGUUAUAGCAAUUACUUUCUACUGUUUCCAACAUUUAAACUGAAUCAUGUUUGUUGUUAAACCUAUACUUUAAAGUUUGGGGUUAUCAUUCCUACAAAUUUGUCAUUUUACGAUUCUAACUUUCUGAAUGAAGUUUGAUGCUAAUGUACUGGUCAACUGUAUUAUAUAUUACUUGUCUACAUGAAUUAGUCAAGCAAUGUUAAGCUAUGAUUUUCUGAUUUGAAUUGGAACACCCCCUCCCCCCUUGGACCAAGAUUUUGCAUGCACUCACAUUAUAUGCACCAAGUCCCAUUCUCUCUUUACAUAUAUUAGCACUCCAGCUUAGUCCAAUCAGCUACUUCACCCCCAGAACGAAAUCACUGGUCAGCAGUAGAUUUACUCAGGACCUGUACACAUUCUGUAUUUUCAGGACUCUACUUGAGUGAAAACAUUUAUACGGUCCAAGUAGAUGAGAAAUAAACAGAACAAGUGGAUAGGGCAAACUGUCCUUUAGUAAAAAGACGAGAUGUGUACUUACACUGUACAUGUACUUUAGUUCACUCAAGUACUUUGUUUCGCAGAAAGACUGAUUUUACCUUCAGCUAGGUGGGUAAUUGUUACACUUUGUUGUACAUUUUAUACAUAAUGGGUACUACAAAUAUAAAACACCCAGUUAACACAAGAAGACAGAUAGUCAUGUAUUUUAAAGCAAGUGACUAAGCUUUGAAAUGAAGAUGAAUUAGUGAUGAUGAUCAAAUUUUAUUUAUCAUUAGAAAUUGACUGAUAUUUUUUCAUCUGUCAAAUGAAUGUUCAUGCAUUAUAGCCAUAUAUUUUUUAUGCUCUGCAAAUGUAUGUGAAAUUCAGAGUUAUGUCUUUCAAGUUUCGCAAGUCAUGUUGAUUUAUGCAUUGUAUUGAAUUUCCAAAUAAAUUAUUAGCCUGUU